UGUUUGGUCUAUAAAGCAUCACGUCACAAUUUGUGGAAGUGUCGUCAUCCAGAGACUGACCAAUAAUGUUUGGGAAUGACAAUAACAUUGCUGCUGAUAUUCUUAUAAGACACAGAAUAUACACUCUACAUAAGAUCACAAGUUUUGCUUCAAUCGGACACUGAUAAAUAUAUAAUAUCAUCGAUCAGCAGUCAACAAAUGUUGAUCCGACCGAACACAGUCCAGAGCCCAAAGGGAUUCAGUUUUAUUGUGAUGCCACAACAUGUCACAUUUGAGAGCAACAAAACAACCAGAGAACAAUCAAUGAAUUAUCAGAUUGUUGAGGCUCUGUAUGUAAACAUCUAGGAAGGAGCAGAACAACAUGUCACCCCUGUAUUUAUAUAGGCAGCAUGUCAGGAUGCACACACACAGUGCACAACAUCAUGAUUACAUUUCAUAUGCAAGUUCCCUCCAUCGACUUACAUCGCUCACUGUGAUCAUCAGAGUAAUUGCUGUUUGUACAUUAGGUAGCAAUUACAAUCAUCUGCUAAUAAACAGUCAAUAAAUCAGCAGGCAGACAGACAGAUAGGUGAUGCAAAUAUAGAAUAGAGAGUUUGAUGCCUUUAUGCUGAAGCUGGCUGUAAAGUGACCUUGUGUGUCCAGCUGCCUGCCUCCUGUUGGUGUUGGAGCAGAGGGAUGUCUCCUGCUCUGUGCUGUGUGAGCUGUGUGCUCUGCUGUGUGAGCUGUGUGCUCUGCUCUGUGCUGUAGAGGGGCUGUUCCCUCGCAGAUCUCAGCUCAGUCCGUCCAGAGCAGCGGCGGGGAUGAGCGCUGGGGACUAGGCGGCAACGCGACGACGCAUUGAACAGGUAAGAGCGGCUCCGGGUCGAGCUGUAUGUAAACCCGCCUGUAACCCAGCCGUCCACCGGGACUUGUAUUUCCCCCUACAUUUCGCGACACACGCGGUCGGUCAGGGGAGGCUUGAGAGCGGCUGCUGUGAGCCGCACACAGAGGUGGACGGUCGCAUCUGCGCUGCCUUCAACAUUUCCAGCCGUCCCUCAACUUGAAGCCCAGCCAGCUGCCUGGGCUGUCCGGCUGUCUCUGCCGCCUGCGCCGGGACCGGAGCGCUGAGGAGAGGGACCGCGGCGCCGCGAGGACGCGGCAUCGGAAGUGAUGGCCUCAGCUGCGCAGCUGUGCCGGUGAUCCUGCUGCUGCAUGUAGGGAAGAAGCAGAGACGCCUUGACAACCGACCUACCUUCCUCUCUCUCAAAAAAAAAAAAAAAAAAAAACAAGAGAAAGGAAAAAAAAGAAAAUACCACCAGCAUAAACAAAUGCGACCAUGUACAGCGUGGAGGACCUCCUCAUCUCUCAUGGAUACAAGCUGCCCAAGCAUCCAACAUCCUCCUCCACCCCUACCCCAGCCGCUGCAUCCUCAUCCCGCCAGGCUCCCUCAUCCUCACCGCCGUCCUACAGCAAACACCAUGAAAUCCUGGAGAACAUGCCUGGCCCCAGGACAGUGAACGGCUAUGAAAGAGGGCCCAUGGUGCCCUAUAGGAAUGGCGGCGGAGCCAGGCAGCCACAAGCGUAUGGUGGUGGCUGUCCCAACAACAACAAUGAACCCAGGGACAGAAGCCAGUCCAGGCGUGAGGGGGAGAACCGGAGCCAAACUGACACCCACUCGUUGGGAGAGUCGCUAACCUCAGACAGCGGAUUCUGUGAUGGCACCAGAGGUCCUCAGUCACAGUCCAAGGACGUGUCGUACUGGCGGAGGAGAGGCCAGGACUUCACUGUGUUGCUGGACUACGCUGACUUCAGAGAACCUCAUGGAGGUGGGCAGGGGGUUUAUGGUAGGCCUGAGGGGUCUCAACAAGCAAGAGGCCAAGAAUUGUCUGCGGAGGAGCGUCAGAGGUUGGCUCAGGAAAGGCAGCGCUGGGCAGCCCAGGCCCAGGCUCAGGCGCAGGCUCAAGCGCAGGUCCAGGCUCAGGCACGCUCUAGAGAGAGGGAAGUUGCCCUCCAUCAGUGGAGGAUGGUCGCUGAGAGGAAGUGCCAAAGCCUGGGGACAGAUGAGUGGCGUCCAGCUGUGAGCUUUGGCCGCCAGCUGUCACAGAGCGAGGGUGAGCGUUGGGCACAGGAGCAGCAGCGGCUUCAUGCCAGGACACCAGAGGGCAUGGUAGUCCACCCCAGGACCAAAGCAAAAUCCCAGUCCCUGCCCAGGAUGCUGCAGCCUGAGAGCCUGCAAUAUGUGGACAUAGCCUCCUCUGGACAGGAACUGUACAGGCGGAUCAAUGGCCACCCACUGUCACACCACGACCUGUACAGGGCGCCCCGCUGUCCGGAGAAUGGCAGGCCGGCUAGUGCCAACCAACUCUCAAUGACACCAAAGCCCCGUUUCACCCGACCCCCAAGACCUCCGUCCUAUGAGAUGCACCAGCAGAUCAGGGGAAGCUGUGAGGUGUUGUCUGGGAGGGACUCAGUGAUUUCCAUGUCCCGGGACAGAACGCCCAUUCCCAUAUCAAGGACAGUUGACCCCCAGUUGGACUAUUUUGCACAGGACUCUGGACCUCCAGGAUACAUCCCUCCUCCAUCUUACAAAAGAGCUCCAAUAAUGGGAGGGGGGCGCCGGGGAUAUGGGGAAAUUGCUGUUGACUACAGGUACAGAGGGGAUGUGUACCAGCAGAUACAUGUGGCUCCAGAUGGAUCUCACUGGUUCACCAGACAUCCAGCUGGCUCCUGGCCUGAUCCCCAGAGAGAUAGGAACAUCCCUGGGCAGAAGCAGCUUUACCCGGUGUAUACAACCCAGGAACACCCUGGUGGAGGGAUCCAGUAUAUCCCCUUUGAUGACCCCCGCAUUCGCCAUAUUUCCUCAGCCCUGGGUGGCAACUCCCUGACGGACGCUGACAAGAUCCGCCACAUCCGCAAUGAGCUUCCCAGCGUCACCGUGUCGGAACCUGCAUCCGACGACAGUGCCUUUUUGCCCCCGCCAUUGGGGCCUUUCAUCGCUGCCAAACUGGCCAAUGAUCCUAACCAGACGUCUUCUAGCAACUUCGACAAUGACAAUAACAGGUGGCACAGUGAUUUGCACAAAGAGACUGUCGAUAACUUCCCAGCAACUGACCAAAACUGCAACAACAGAUAUCCCAAAAACCAACGUCCUCCUCCAUCUCCCUCUUCAGCUUUCCAUGCCCCAUUAACAAGGAUGUCUUCUCACCAGGGGUCCAACUCAGAUCAGGUCUUUUCAGAAACCAUCACCCAAGUAAAGAAAAUUGCCCCAGAUUCAGGGCCAGAGAACAACAGAAACACAAAGAGAAGAGUGAGUGAAACCAUCUUCUGCCUUGUGUCUGUCCCUGUUCACACGCCGACUAACAUUAACAAAGACUUAGCGGCAGAUCAGAACAACAAUGAGACAAUGCCAAGCCUGACUGUCACCAGCACAGACACGUUCGCUGUGGGCCUCAAAGAGAGCCUGAAUGUGCGGAGUAAGUCUGUGAAUGAGAUGCCCAUCAGACCCCACUACUCUCAUUUUCACACCAGCAGCACAUCCUCAAUGAGGAACUACAAGAGGGCUCCUCUAAGGAAGGAGAUAAUAGAUGCCUGGGCACUUCAAGCUAAUGAAGACAAAGAGUUAUGCUACGCCGGGUCCUGGCCCGGAAAUCAGUACCGUAACCAGGAAACACAGACUGGAUCACCUUUGACAGUGGUGAAAAGUCCAGAACCACAGAGUCCUCCUAGGGGUCAAGAGCCUGUUCAGUCUGUCUCUGACAUAGCCACAGACAGUGGUCUGGGGACAGACACUAGCUCCCCUUAUGGUUACCCCAUGGCAGGCCAGAAAAACCUCCAUCUCUCUAGCAACAGCGCCUUCUCCCGUCUCAGCCUCAGCCCAACACAACCGUCAUCACUCCAACCCCCACCUCAAGACCCAUCCUCGCCAUCAAAGACACAGGAUCAAGGGGACCAGCAGCCAUCGUCUCCCAGGAAGAGCAGCUCCAGUCCCCCAGAGAGUGCAGAGCAAGUGGCCUUUGGUCAGUUCCUCUUAAAGCCCGUGAACCGACGACCCUGUGAUGCUAUUGGUGAACUGGAGAGCAUUAAUAAGGAAAUGGAAGACACAAUCAGCAAGAGACCCAAUGUUGGUCGCUGCAUUGACGAUAUUGAUGGGCUGAAUAAGAGAUUAGACCACUUUAAAUCAGGAGCACAUUACAAUGCUGGUCCAGAACCUGGCAGAGAAGCCAUUAGUCUUCCUCCAAUGCACAUAGAAAAACCCAACAUAAAAGUCAGAUCAAGGUCUUUGGCUUCUACCACUGAACUGGACUCAAUGGACAUUGGGAGUGCUUUCUCCAGGCCACAGGCCAACAACAUGCCACCAACAAAUGAGUUAUCAUUACUCCUCAACCCGAGCCCCAGAGACACCUGCCCUCCAUCCUCACUUCCCCUACACAAUGACUCAAACCUGCUCUAUAGACAGGACAUCCCAGUCCCUCAGGAGUCCUUGCUUCGGGAUGUGGGGUUAACAGUCUACACAGAGACUCCUGGUGGUCCUGGGGAGCCAAUGCACCGCUCACUCUCAGUCCCAUCUCCACUCGAUCAUAAGGAACUUGUUCAGCCAGUGCAGGUGAAUGAGUGCAAGACAGCUCCUGUUGAAUUUAGUGGUAGUCCUGAGCACAAGUCAAAUAAAGAGCUUAAAGCUGAGGCAGAGAGAAAUGCUAAAUCAGACAACAUUCCACCACCCAGGGGUAAGGUGAAUUUAACCAUCUGUAGGAGCAGGAGUGAAAGUAGCCGAUCACCUCAGAAGGAGGGGUCACCACAUAUCACUAGGUUGACCAGGGAGGUUUCUUUCGUGUUUGGGAUUGAUGAUGGUGAUAAGAGAUACGCCAUGUCUGAGCCUCUGACCUAUAAGAAUGAGUCAACCAUAGCAGAUAGGCACUUGGAGAGCUUACUAAUCCUGGAGAAAGCCAAUUCUUUACCUACAGAGGAUCUCAGCAAUCUGUAUGAGGUCAAAUGUGCAAAAGGUAUCCCUGAAAAUGAAUCCAUUGAGGAAAGGGCUGCUAGGAUCCUGGGUAUAUCCGUCCCAGUGGAAGCCUUGGGUGUGGCCGACAAAGAGUCAGAGGACAACCAGGACGAUAAAGACACCACUGUAAGUGAGAAACCACAAAGUCAAGCUGUAGAGACAGAGGAGGUGAUAGGAGAGUGUGAGCAAGUCAAAGAAGAAACCUUGAUUGUCCAGGAAGCAGAGACGGAGGAGGUCAAGGAAACAGGAUCAGGAGUGGACCACGAAGAAGGAGAAAGACAAAAGCACAGCGGCAACCACAGUGAUGGUGAAGACAGUGAAGACACAGAGAUUCAGUCCCUGGUUGUACUGGACAUGCCCGAGUUCCCACCCAGUAAGCUUCCCCUAUCCCUACCUGUCACCCCUGAUGAGAAGCUAGCACUUAGCAUGUGCAGUGUGGAAAAGAGGGAGCGAGGUGGAGCAGGUAAACUAAUUGAAACCGUGCAAGAUAAGCUACACUCUUCCACUUCGUCAUCUGCUACAUCUUUGGGCAGGUCAACCCCAGAUAGGAUGGCCAAUCUAAAAGAGCUGGACUCAGUGUCUCGAUUAAGACACCUCAGUAAGGGUUCAGACUCUGAAGAGAGGGAUGGUAGCAGAGAGGAGACUGAAGAUCAGGAAGAGACAAAGGAGGAGGCUGUAGAACAACCAGAAGAAGAAGAAGCUAAUCAUGUUGAGGCAGAAGGAGGGAAGGAGGAAGAAAACCCUGACGAACAAAAUGCAUAUGAAAUGCAUGACAAGUUGGGAGAUCCUGAAGAAGCUUGUAUACCUAAAGAGGAAGUGAAUGAAGAGAUAUGCGAGAAAGAGCAAAGUGAAAAGGAUGUAGAAGAGAUGAAUGUUGAGAUAAAAGCAGAAAAUGAGGGGAGUAAAGAAGAGGUUGUUGAAUUAAAAACAGAAGAGCCAGAAGGAGAGUUGGAGCUGAAAUGCGUGGAGGUCGACAAAGAAAAGCCUGUGGAGAUGGGAAGAGAUGGGCAGACUUUGGCAGACAUCGCUAGAGCUGAGGCAGCACAAGGCACCCAGGGAGGAAUGCUGCCCAAACCAAAGCAGCGCACCAGGCUCAAGAAGCCUCCCCUGCUUCCUAAACCUCGCAGUGUCCCCAAGAGAGAAAUAAUGCUACCACUCAGCUUCAGCACUGGGACCUGUGGCCCCUCAAAUAUGGAGGAAGAAGAGAUGCUCCCUGUCUCUGACUCCUACGACCCCAGUCGAGUGGAGAGAGUGUAACCUCUGACACUGCCUUCUCCACUGUGGAAAUCUGUCUUUCUCAAGUUAACAGCUUUUUCCAACAACAAAGGCUUUCAUCUCACCUCACGACUUAGUCAGCUGUGACCCCUCCAAUAUUGUCACACAUUACUUCUCACAGAACUGACUGUCCUGGUGCUGCGAGAGCAUUUUUACAGCCAAAUAAAGGCACUGCUGGUGCCAAUUCUCCAGGCCUUUUCAACCUCGGCGUUCCUCAUCCUUCCAUUCUCUCCACCUCUCAGAAAGUUAAUUUGCUCAAGCAAGCAGACUUCCUUCUUUUGAAGUUGUCUUCCUUUGCUUUUGGAAAAAAGGCACGUCAUUUACUCCCGUCUGCGCUUGGGCUCCUUCUCGAGCUUGGGUGUUGAAAAUAUGAAUGUAAAAGUGCUUCUGCUCAACAAACAAAAGAAAUGUAACGGCUAAAACAACGAGAAGGCAACAGUAUUGCAUUACAAUCAGUAUUAUUAACCACACCAAAUGUAAAUAAGAAAGAGUUAUAAGAUUUUAUGAAGAAUAUAAAAAAUCAAUUUAAGACAUUUAAUUGCUGAAGAAAUGUAUAUUUUCUUAUCUAUGUUAAGAAAAAGACUAGAUUUUUGGAAGUGUAGUCUUUGGGUGUGCUACUAAUGAAACCCUGUGCUCCUUAUUCUUAUACUUGUGUGAUAGAGAAUGUACUCAGAGAGUCUGGAUUGCAAUGGGAAAAACACUGUGGUCCUUGAAUAGUUUCACUCAAGAGCAAUAUAGUCGUCUUAUACGAGAUGUUCGUGACAUGAUUUGAGUAGUAAGUCUCCAUUUCAAGGAGCUGAUCGCAUUUAAAUGUCGUGCUUUAAAGCUCUACCUUUUGGUACAAGUGUUAGGUUUGCACUGCUGAGAUUAUUGGCUUAAUGUUACCAGUGAGCACCUGAUAAUCUCUUCAAAUACUCAGAGAUUACAGUUGAGGGAUUCAUAUUUGCACCCUCCCUGUUCUCCGGUGCUGUCGGCCUCGGUCUCAUCAUCAGCAGUCGCAGCGUGUAUCACAAACGUCCGAUUUAAGUGUUAUUUUUGUUAAUCCUCAUACUGUUGAAGAAGAAAAUCUAUAUUUUGUGGCAUUAACAGAAGUCUAUAUUUAACCGUGGAGUUUAUUCUUUGUUCACAUCUUGGUUUCUGUGUGAUUUCAGAAGUGCUUUUUUGCAGGAAACGAUAGAUGUAGCUAUAUUGAUCGCAGUGUGCCUUGUACACACUGUUUCUGUGGAGAACUUCAUUUGUGUGUAACACAUCCAGUGUUGUUGGUUUUAUGAAUCCUGAUUUAAACUGGACAUGAGUAACUCAUUUUUACUUUCAUGACAACAGAUACAUUUGGAGUUUUUUGGCAAUAAUAAUAAUAAUAAUAAUAAUGAUAAUGUUUAGCUGAAGAAGCUUACUAUUGAUGCUGUACAGAACAUUGCUGUUGGGAUACUAAUUGCAGUAUCUAAACACGUUCAAUAAUUUAAUGUUGACAUAUCAGUGCUUUAUAAGUUGUGGGCAUAACUGGCAAUUGGUUAACACUCACUUUACUUAUGGGGUAGCAAUACGAGAAAUUAAAACACAUACCAAACCAAACUUUAUGCUAUGCAUUGGACAUCUACAUUCACUGGGUUUAGCACCAAAAUUAUAAAUUAAAAACUGCAACUUCUGGUUUGCUUGUUUGACUCUGUCACCCGUCGAUCCAGCUGUGUGUGAUGUUGUCGUUGGAUCUGGAUGUAGACAUGUUGCACGGAGGUGGCUCUGCCUGGAGUUCAUCGGUGGAAGCUCGGUGCGAGGUUUUGUCUUUGUCCUGUUACCAGCCCAGUACCCAUACCUCUGUGUUCCAGGUAAUGUGUUAUCUGGUCGUUCUCGUAGGUCUUUUUGUACUGCAAGUUCUUUGUAACAUGAUAUAGACUAUUGGUGCACAUCUUGCUUUGAUAUUUUCUAUUUUCAUACAGAAGUAUGUACAGCUUCUUUUGUAUGCGCAGCAUUUUUUUUCUCUCUCUCUCUUUUUUUUUGUGCAUGAAAUGCGUAAGAAGUCACACAGAGAAGGUGUAUUUGCAUAUAAUUGCAUUUGGUACUAUAUAGUCUAUCCAAUAAACAACUGUUAUAUUUCAUAUAAUGUAUAUUUUAUUUUCAAAAAGUUAUGCUACAUAUUUAAAACAGAACAGGUAUUUUUAGAUUAUUGUGAAAAGGGAACUGUUUGUGAAGGCACAAUAUUUGUCUACGUCUGAAAUGAUCAUUAAGAAUGAUCAGAUGUAGAGACAACUGUGUGCUGUUGUACAGUUACUGCAGAGUAUUCAUAAAUAAAGUCUUUGCAUGAAA